AUGACGUCUCUUAUCCUAUCAGUACCGGAUAGCUCCUUAACAACGAAUCUUCUCACAACGGACGUUGACGAGCCGAGCACUGAGUCUGAGUCCUACACCCGCUCUGCUCCUGAACGACCACAUUCACGAUCACCCACUGCUAGUCCUGUAUCAUAUCAAAAACCGAUCCAUGUGGUCAGUUCCGAGCCACUUGAUCCGUGCUAUCACGAGAUCUGCACACUGCAAUCCGAUGCCAACCCCUACCUGUUGAAGCCUGAUUACACGCACGAUGUAGAACGGAAGGGUUCUUACCUCCGUGAUGUUAGUGAAAAACUUAUUGGGUACACAAAGGAUUUCGGCCGUGCAGUCAAGUUGUCCGCUCGACCACAUAACGAUUUGAAAAAUACUGUAAUUGACUUUGGCGAAACCACAACUGCCCAUGGAAUUCCUAUGUUAGAAUUUGAAUCUGCACCGUUUCCCGCUAUUACAAUAUGUAAUCUGAAUCCAUUUAAAAAGCACUUAGCCCGCAGUGUUCCUGAAAUCAGUGAAACGCUAGAUGCAUUCCAUCAAGCAGUCACUUACAGUAAUGACGCGAACAAUGAGGAAUCCCGACAACGAAGGAAACGAAACAGCAAAAUCGGUGAUUUUCGCUUUGUACAGUAUGAACCGGUUUACUCAGCGUGUGAAUGUGUUCGUGGCACCGACGAGGAAUGCGUUGGCCAUGAUGCUAUCCCUCCGAAUCUUCAGAAUGCUUGUAUUUGUAACUACGAUCGUCAAGAUGGAAGUGCAUGGCCGUGCUACAGUACCAGCACAUGGAAGGAAUCAAUUUGCCCGGAAUGUAACGAUGUAGGAUACUGUAAUGUACCAAACACCACAGGAACCGAUUCCGUGCCCUGUGUAUGUCAAUUGAAAAUGGGUUACUGUAUACUGCGGAGUGAACAACGGCUCAGACGUGUAUGGGAAUUUCGUGGAAAGAAAGUUCCAGACGCAAACAGUCCAUUCAGGAAUGAUUUUUUGGAACAUCUUUCAAAGCUCGGCUACGGAAACAUGACCGAUCAGGUUGCUAUCACCACACGGGCACGAGAAAAGCUAAUUCUAAAAAUGUCAGCCUUGCCGCCGCAGCGACGUGCUGCUCUAGGAUACGGGAAAUCUGAGCUCAUCCGACAAUGUUCUUUCAAUAGUAUGCAGUGCGAUAUUGAGAAAGAGUUCAAAUUACAUAUUGAUCCAUCAUUUGGGAAUUGUUACACAUUCAAUGCUGAUCCGGAUAAUGUGCAAGCAAGUAGUCGAGCGGGACCCAGCCACGGUUUACGUCUGAUGGUGUUCGUGAAUGCAUCGGAUUACCUUCCAACCACUGAAGCUAUAGGAGUUCGUAUUGCAAUUCAUGGUCAGAGGGAAUGUCCAUUUCCGGACACAUUUGGGUACUCAGCGCCAACUGGAGCAGUGUCAUCGUUUGGGAUUUCACUUAGAAAAGUUAACCGGUUGCAAAAUGGAGAUUGUUUCAAUGCAGACAUGCCAUUGCCGCCCGGAUAUAUUUAUCGGGAUUACAAAUACGAACCUGAGGGAUGUUACCGUAAUUGCUAUCAGAAACGUAUCAUAAGUCGAUGCGGAUGUGCAGAUCCACGAUUUCCAAGCCCGUCGAGUUCUAUACGUAUAUGUGAUCCUCGAAAUGAACAAACUAGAGACUGUCUUUUGUCAGAGAGUGUACGAAUGAUUAAGAGGAAAUCCUGUAGAUGUACGCAUGCUUGUAAACAAGAUGUCUACACUACCACAUAUUCGGCUGCAAAAUGGCCAUCCGGAAGUGUACGGAUGGAGUGUACAGAAAAGGAUUGCAACUCAUACUUUAGCGAACAUGCUGCAAUGUUGGAGAUUUACUACGAACAAAUGAGUUAUGAGGUGCUUCGAGAGUCCGAAUCAUAUUCCUUUGUCAACCUGAUCUCGGAUAUUGGAGGACAAAUGGGAUUAUGGUUAGGUGCGUCUGUGUUAACAGCUAUUGAAAUCCUCAUCUUUUUCAUCAGUGUCGUAUCGAUUGCUUUGAGCAGCCGUCUGAGAUAUAUGGAUAAACUCAAUACUGAAAAAGAAAGAGAAAAGAAGUCAGAGCCAGACGUGAAUCGAAAAUCUUCCGGGAAAAAUGAAUACGAGUGUGACUAA